AUAUUGUUUUAUAACGUCAUGUCCAGGAAAGAGCAUUUCGGCUGGGAAUAUCUGAGUCUCACCAGUUUACUGAUGACUUGUUGUGUAGGCCCUUUGCUUUGUCAGCAUUCGCUUGAGGUUGGCAGCGGACCGGGUGUGACCUUACAAACUGUACUUCUAGUUCUCUCCCCAUUCUUACCUCUUGUUUUAAUCAAAUACCAUUCAGCUAAACUGAUAAGAUGUCCACGACCUGCAGGAGACGGCUUAUCCGUGACUUCAAACGUCUCUCUAGUGACCCACCAAGCGGCAUUUCUGGGAGCCCAUGUCCGGAUAACAUUAUGAUCUGGAACGCUGUAAUAUUUGGGCCUUCUGAUACGCCCUUUGAGGACGGCACAUUCAAACUUCUGCUCACGUUUGACGAAUCUUACCCCAACAAGCCGCCUACAGUAAAAUUCCUUUCCAGAAUGUUUCAUCCAAAUGUAUACAACAACGGCGAGCUAUGUCUCGACAUCUUACAAAACCGCUGGUCUCCCACAUAUGAUGUCGCCGCCAUCCUUACUUCCAUCCAAAGUCUCCUGCACGAUCCUAAUCCGAACAGCCCAGCGAAUGCAGAGGCUGCGCAGUUGUACCGGGACAACAUGAAGGAGUACGUGAGAAGGGUGAAAGCCACAGUGGAGGAUAGCUGGCUAGAUCCAGAAGAGAAGCAGAAGAUGAUGGUCGAUGGCGACGGGGAAGGUAGUGUAGAGUCUGCUGCCUGACGUGUUCUUUCCUUUGGUUCGUACUGUUUCUGAAAGUUACUAUCAUUCCACGUAAUAUGUCCACGGUUGCCAAUAUGCAAAAUGUUCAUAACAAUUCAACUGACGGAUCCCCGCUGGCUUCCAUGCAGUGAUCGAGGCCGACGGCGUUGAAUACCAGACAAGCAAUAUAUCUGUAAACGUA